AUGCCGCAUGACUUCCACAACGGUUAUGUCUACGACAGACUGCCUCAGCUGAUAAGACAUCAAGCGGCCGUCGGGUUCAGCCCUUACUCCUCCAGUGGCAGCAUGAUCUACCCCAGCACUCUUACCUUACGUGACAUUUCGCAUCAGGGACGCUUCUUCCAGGAUGUGCCCUCGAUGCACGAGCGUCAGCCCCUGGAAAUGGACUACAACGUGCACUGUCGUUACGCCAAACUGGAGGACCCAAAGGUGCCUACGAUAGACAAGCCCUCGCUCGGUGACUUCUAUCGUAUGCGGGCAUUCAAACAGCGCAAUAAACAUCGUCGAGAGGAGAAUAGCUUUCCCAACGUAAUGCAACGUCACUGCGCCGGGUGUUGCGCUAUACAUGUGGGCGGAACUAUUGGCUGUGACCGCCGCCCCGAGUACAGUCACCAGAACUCGGACUGUAAACUGCCCAAAUUUGAGCCCCUACCGAUGGCGCCUUACGGACGGGGGCAAUAUCAGUUUUUCUACGAGAUUCUGGAUCGAAACCCAACGAGCCACUUUUGGGAGUCUAGGAAACAUGUCUAG